CGGCUGUCACAAAAUUAAACCUUUAUAUACAAGAGGAAUAAUUGCUUGAACACAAAAACAUCAAUUCAAGCAUGCCAUGCACAUUAUACAUAUAGAUGAUCAUGUGUGCAGUUAAAUUUGUAAUUAAUAUUCAAACAACUAGACUAAAGAUUUGGAUUAGCUAUACUGAAGCUCUGCAGAGGGGGCAAGAUUUGUUAAUGGCCAACCAAACGGAGACGCAGUCGGAAUGAAACUUAUGAUUGCAGGCUUGAAGAACGGUGCACAGCGCGCCCUUCUCGAACCCUGUGAUGCAAAUUGCACACCCGUCCUCCACUCCCGCCCUUAAGCUCCCUUCCUCAAAGGUUCUUAUAUUCAGCCGAACCUCCGGCGGUGGGCGUCGGGGUAGUCGUUCUCCUACGCUUUCCUCGAAGGUUCUUAUAUUCAGCCGAACCUCCGGCGGUGGUUGGCGGGGCAGUUGUUCUCCUACGCUAACGAUGACGUUGGUGUUGGGAAUACGCGGGGCUGGGGAUGUGCUGCGCCGCCGCAAAGAGAGGCAGAUAUUCAAGCACAAAAUUGCAAGGGCAACGAGGGCUGCUGCCCACAGAGUAAUAAGAAGCACACAAGCCGUCAGGAUUAGGUAAGGAAAAAUAUCCAUAUUUUUUGUCACACCAAUAUACGAAGUACUACGUUUGAUGUGUAUAUACGAAGUAUGUAUGUUGGAGAUUGUAAGUUUAGGUACAAUAUGAUAUAUAUACGUCUGUUAAGAGUUAACUCCUGAAAGGAAUAGGGAACUGCAAAGGGUAAUUCUAUAUAGCUAAAUUACUAAAUACAGACACAAUAAAAUAAAAUUCCUGAUAUACCCUUUUCAUAACAUCUUGUCCCGUCCAAAGCUUGGCCCUGCAUAGCUGGAAACCCCAUCGUUUUGGGCAGCCAAGUGCAGCAACUCAUCCUUUUCUCGUCGGAGUUAUGGGUUUCCCACGCCGGAAAAUCCUUCUUCGUGGCCGUUGUCGUCAGUGAAGCAGAGGAACCAGAACCAACAACGAAGUGAAAGUAGAACCUUGCGAAGGAGUGUUUUCUCAGCUGUGUUUGCACUCGUCAUCCCUCGUUGAAGCCACGCCACUGCAAGAGCCUCGUCGUCUAUAUGAAGGCAAGGUCUAGGAGUCCCAGAUCUGCAAGGGAAUAGAAGAGGAGUCUACUAUGGAAGAGGAGUUCCGGCUGUUGCUUCGCUAAUGGGAGCUGCUUCUGGAUCCUUGUGUUCAUCAGUGCACCGGAGUAGCCGCCGGCUGUCCCAAGAGUCGCCACAGCUCCCAAUUCUCCCCCAAUUUUUUGUUGAUUUUCUUGUCGGAGCAUGUUUACCAAUAGAGCUCCCCAAUUCUUCUCCAAUUCGGGCAUUGUUGGAGCAUAUUUACCCAAUUCUCAUAUUCCGGUCGCAGGCUUGCCAUUUUUGCCGAGGAGUUCCGACUUCUGACCAAAUUAUUCCUUUUUUCUUUCCAAUCUUGAAUACCAGACUAAAUCCUGUGAGAGCUGCUUGUUUCUUCUUCUUCUUCCUCUAAAUUUCUCACCCCUAUGUUUUGUUGUUGACCUUUAGCUUGUUGAGUCGUUCUCGUUUCAGAAGAGAUUGGUCGUAGAAGAAGAAUAUGAUUGUCGUAAUCUUUCCGUAUUCCGUAAGGGUGUCGAUUAUUUAAUUGGAAAGGCAAAACAGGUAUUUGAAAAAGAUUGUGGCUUUGAUUAGUAAUUAUGAUGAUCUAGUCUAGGAUAUAUACGCCUGUUAACUCCUGAAAGGAAUACAGAAUUAGGAAUUACGGAGUACGGAGUAUUUAAUUUAUAGUAUACCGUGGUGUAUAUUAAUAAUGGGCCUCUAUAUUAAUGGUAUCAAAU